AUGGAGAGUUUAGAUCGCGAAGUGGUUCUGCACCAACCGCAGAGCUUUGCUUGGACUAGCGCUUGUUUGGUAGAGGAUUCCUUUCGAUUUUCGACAACAUGGGCGGCGUUGUUUCGUCCCAAGGAGAUCGAGUUGGACAGGCAGGAGUAUGCCCUUGCCGUUGUUCCAUCUGCCAGCGAACAAGAAAUAUGUGCUGCCGCAAGAAGAACCAGCACGUCCACCACUACUGUUGGCAUUGUGUCAGCACGUGGGCGGGGAUGCAGUGGCUUGAGCAGCACGACUCGACCCCAGAAGGGCACGAUGCUGAUCAUCAAGAGUGGGUCGUGUUACAACCCCAAUGAGGGGGAGCGGCUAGUCUUCGGAGCAAAAGCUGCGGGAAGAUGGAAAAGCUUCGCUUUGAUUGCGUUUUCUCUUUCCUUGCUUAGUCGUGUGGAAGAAGAGACAGAGUGGAUGAACGGGCCUCCGGGAACAGCGCGACGCCUUCCCUCUUUUGUGAGGGCUCUUCUUUCGCAGCUGCCCCUUAUGGGAAGCUUUCACCCGGUUGGGGAGGAAGAUGCGACGAUGGAUGCCGAGGACUCCCAGGCUUCCGAAGAUCAAGCCCAGGAGGUUACCACCGGCUACCGUUUCUCUGCCCCAACACCUACGGCGGCGGAAGAUCAGGAGCUUGCAGUGCCUGCAGAAGCCCAAGCGGAGCCGUCGCCGACCUCGUUGUUCACAGUUGCCUCAGAAGAGCGGUGGGGAAAUUGGAAGGCCACACCACCUGUGAAGGCCUCUGCUCCAUCGACGGGAGUGGCUUCGGAGGUUCCGGUGCCGCAUGUGCGAAAGAGGGACCCCUCGGAGGAGAGCCGAGGACCGGAGAUCGAAGCUGCUGGAAGUGGGGACACCUACAGCGUGGCCCAUUGGGAAAGGAUGCUUCGGAAUCCGAGGGUCCAGUACUUCCUGAACUUCCAGGAGGGUCUCCGAAGGGACCUAAGCGAGCUCGGGGUGUUGAACAUCGUCGGGCAAGAUGGUCUUCAUCCCCUAGUCCCAAGAGAGGAUGGAGGACAUUUGGAUCUUAUGAGUCGGGUUGUGAACGACCCCACUUAUAUGGAAAAUCUGUCCGGAUUGAUGGAGAGCCCCGUUGUUGUUGGGAGACGAAUCCCGACCUUGAUCCGCUCGAGCAGGUUUUAUCCGGAAACCCCUGUGUCUGGGGAAAGAGUUCCGGAGCAACGGUGGUUGAGGCAUCACAACAUGGAUCUCCCAGAGGUGCCCCCCAUGACGGUGCAGCUGCCAGUGAGUUUGCGAGAAAGGGGAGGAGAGUAUGGCGAAUCAGUCGUGGACACGGUGUAUGUCUGCAACACAGCCAUGGAGACGACCGAGCAGGAGGAGGCGAACUCUGCGAGGAUUUACCGUCUUCAACAAGGAUAUUCCCUCCUCAAUUAUGGCGUGAGCCAGGCCAUCGUGACCAAGGCCAUCGAGCUUGUUGGCCAAGGGGAAGCUCAGAUCCGCGAGUCUGGUCUUUCCAGCAGCAUUGUGCUGGGCCUUCGGCAUAUGCUUUCCACGAUCAAGGAGUGGGAGAACGCGAAAGAAGGGGAUGCCGAGGAGACCCGGGCUCGUGGAGGUAUCCAGGUGGAAUUGCCGGAGGCCGUUCUUGCAAAGGAUUCUUGGUGCUGUUGGAAGGAGCUCGAGAAUGCCGCCGACUAUUACGCCGAGAUCUUUCUUGCAUCCCAGCAAGAGCGGUCCAUUCGAAAAGCGGGAGCGAAGACAAAGGCUGCGGCGAAAGCGGCUACCUCCUCUACAUCCGCCGUGGGGGAGGAAUCUUCAAAGGUCCGAGAAGAGGAUACCGAGAGUUCCUCCUCUUUGAGCUCGGCCAUGGAGACACCGGACAACAUGUUUUUCAUGGAGGCGAUCAAGCGGGUAAAGAUCAAGCAGGGAGUUCUCGAGGAGUCUCGCCUGGCCCAGAUCUACGCCGAGGAGCGUGGUUCGAUGCCUCCACCGGAACCAAUGUGCCCUCCUCGGAAUCCACCCGUUCGGAUCAAGGCCUCUCCAACGACACAGGUGAAAUCCUCUACCCCUGCAGUUCCGGCGGUGGAAGCAGAUACGGGAGUCGAGCCUCCCGAUCUUGGAGUCGAGCCUCCCUCUCCUGCAUCGACUGUGGGAACGAUUGGGGAUGUAUGGUCGCUUCUGAAUGUGGCGCCUCCGCCGGGAGUACCGCCCCAUCUUCGGCUACCGAGGCCUCCUCCACCAUUUGGAAAGGUCAAGACCUCUGCGUCGGGAAGUUCGGUGGCGCCUGUGGUCACUCCAAAUACGGAGUUUGGCCCAAAACGACUUCCACCCAAGCAAGGAGGGCAGACGGACCAGGCGCGCCAAUUCUCGUUGGCUCCACCCUGA